AAGGGAGGGGGGGUUCCCGGCGCCGCUCGGCCUCUUUGACAUCGAACACGUUGGACUUCAUGCUGCGUUCAAAUGGCGAAGACGUACGAUUACCUGUUCAAGCUGCUGCUGAUCGGGGACAGCGGCGUGGGAAAGACAUGUCUGCUGUUCAGAUUCAGCGAGGACUCCUUCAACACCACCUUCAUAUCCACAAUAGGUAUAGACUUCAAAAUCAGAACAAUAGAGCUGGAUGGGAAGAGAGUCAAACUUCAGAUUUGGGACACUGCAGGACAAGAGAGGUUCCGCACCAUCACCACAGCUUACUACAGAGGUGCUAUGGGUAUCAUGUUGGUCUAUGACAUCUGCAAUGAGAAGUCCUUUGAAAACAUCAAAAACUGGAUCAGAAAUAUUGAAGAGCAUGCCUCAUCUGAUGUGGAGAAGGUGAUCUUGGGCAACAAAUGUGACAUGAAUGACCGGCGACAGGUGUCGAAAGACAGAGGAGAAAAACUGGCUAUUGAUUACGGAGUGAAGUUCUUGGAAACCAGUGCAAAGUCUGGUUUAAACGUGGAGGAGGCUUUUUAUACCAUGGGAAGAGACAUAUUACAUAAUCUGAGCUCAAAGGCAACUGACAACGGUGCCGGAGGGUCAGGCAAGGUCAAGAUCUCAGAGAAAAAGUCAAGGAGGAUUAAGUUCUUCAAAUGUUCCCUCCUCUAGGCCGCUCCUCUGUAGCACUGGCAGCUCACAGCCUGUGUGACUUUGCUAUUGUGGAGCGUCACUGCUUCAAUGUCCUCACAGCAGCGGCAGCACUGGUCAUAAACAGAGAGCCUUACUGCUGUCAUGAAGCUCCCAGUGUAAUGAGUGGUUGAGACGCCAUCGUGAUCUGAUGAGCAGAGGAGCAUCACAGAGGAAUGAGGCUGGAUACUGUAAUCGGCCUCAUGAUAAGACUUGUGCGUGAUCAUCAGCAGUGGUUUGUAGCUGGCCAUCAGUACCUGCUCACAGGGGGCCGGGAUUCUGUCGGCAUUCAUGAUACCUCUGGGGGAAAAUAUUCAUUACAAUAUCUCAGUUACACAUAGUUGUCGUAAAAAUGUAAAACAAUGUGGGAAAAAUGUUUUUCAUAUACUGUCUUAUUUAAUAUGAUGAUUGCGAGAGUCUCAGCACUGAUUGUAUUUGUGUGAAUUUCUGUCUAUUAAUAAGCUUAUGGUCUCCUGUUGCACUUGCAACAUUUCUGCUUGUUCAUGUGUGCCUAUAGAAGGACUUACAGUAUUGUUUUAGAAAAGACAAAAGUAUGUAUACAUACAACCUACUGUAUUCUCUCAAUUUUUGUUUAUUCUUUCAAACAGAACCUUUAUUUAUACAGGUUUGUGUGACAAAAUGAAACAGAAAAGGUUCUUUCUUUCUUGGAAGUUGUACUUAAUACAUAUUGUUAUGCAGUUGUCAGUAUUUGCAUGAAAGCUGUAGGGACACCUCAGAGUUGGACAUUAUUGAGCACAUUAUACAUUAUAUCUCUUAAAUGUUUACAGACUGUAUUACAAAGUGUCAACCAUAUAUGGACAGUCAUGUUUUUGCUUUUCACAUUGUGUACACGUGAAUAUUAAGAGUUGUAUAUAUCCUUUAGUUUCACCUAAACUGUAGACACCAAACAUGUUGCCCUUUUCGUCUCUACAGUGAAAACACAAUGACAUGGGAAAGCUGUAAUGUGAAUGAUUGUCUUCAUAAACUACUGUAUGUUACAUAAAUGAAAAGAGACAGUAAA